CGUGUUUUGCUUAACCUACGCACCUCGCAGCCGUUUGAGGAAGUGCUCGAGGAUUUGGGUCAAGUGCUGAAAAUUAACGGCGCUAAAAAAAUGUACACAGGCACUGGGCAGGAGGUUCGCAGUUUUUCGCAGCUACGCAAUGAAUUCGCCGACGUAGACACAUUCUAUUUGGCCACUGGGACAGCCUUGAUUGCUGGCUCGCCCAUUCGACGCUCGCGCUCACGCCCUUCGGUGGUCGCUGCCGCCCCCAUACUCUCCACAGAAGAACUGCCCAAGGUGCCGUUGCGUGGCACGCGACCUAGGAGCAAGAGCCGGCCCCGAAUCCUCUAUGCCCCAGAGAGUGAGAUUCUCCGGCCGAAUGGAGAGUACACCAUGCUGGACAUCAUGAAAGAGGAGCCCACAAAAGUGACCAUACGGGGUUUGAGGCGCACCUUCUAUCCCCCCGUGCACCAUGCACCGGCUGAAAACUCGCCUCCAGACAAAAAGCUACAGCUCCAGUGGGUACACGGUUACAGGGGAAUCGAUGCGCGCCGCAAUCUCUGGGUACUGCCAAGCGGAGAGCUGCUCUACUACGUAGCUGCUGUGGCCGUCCUAUUCGAUCGCGACGAGGAUGCCCAGCGCCACUACAUAGGCCACACAGAGGACAUAAUGUGCAUGGACGUGCAUCCGUCUCGGGAAUUGGUGGCAUCAGGCCAAAAGGCUGGACGCGAUCGUAAGUCCCAGGCGCAUGUACGCAUUUGGAGCACCGAGUCACUGCAGACGCUCUACGUCUUCGGCAUGGGCGAAUUGGAUACGGGAGUUACCGCAGUAGCAUUCUCCCAAUUGAAUGGAGGCAGCUAUAUACUGGCCGUGGACAGCGGUCGCGAGAGCAUCCUGUCCGUCUGGCAAUGGCAGUGGGGCCACCUGCUGGGCAAAGUGGCCACCCUGCAGGAAGGCCUCUCGGGCGCUGCGUUCCACCCCUUGGAUGAUAAUCUUAUCAUCACCCAUGGCCGUGGUCAUUUGGCCUUCUGGCACCGGCGUAAGGACGGUUUCUUUGAACGCACUGAUAUUGUAAAACAGCCGUCGCGCUCCCACGUUACCAGCGUUCAAUUCGAGCCGGAUGGCGAUGUGAUUACCGCCGAUUCUGAUGGUUUCAUUACCAUAUACUCCGUGGACUCCGAUGGCGCAUACUUUGUGCGCACCGAGUUUGAGGCUCACAAUAAGGGCAUCGGCUGCCUGAUUAUGCUGGGCGAGGGGACUUUGCUGUCGGGUGGCGAAAAGGAUCGCAAAAUUGCCGCUUGGGACUCGCUGCAAAAUUACAAAAAAAUUGCGGACACAAAGCUACCCGAAGCGGCUGGUGGCGUGAGGACAAUUUAUCCCCAGCGACCAGGCCGAAAUGAUGGCAACAUCUACGUGGGAACGACAAGAAACAACAUCUUAGAGGGCUCGUUGCAACGGCGCUUCACGCAGGUUGUCUUCGGCCACGGCAGACAGCUGUGGGGCCUUGCCGCCCACCCCGAGGACGAGCUUUAUGCCACGGCCGGCCAUGACAAGCACGUGGCGCUGUGGCGCAAGAACAAACUCAUUUGGACCAUACAGACGGGCUACGAGUGCGUGGCACUGGCCUUCCACCCGUUUGGCACGGCAUUGGCUGCUGGCAGCACCGAAGGGCACCUGCUGGUCAUCAACUGCGACAACGGAGCAGUUAUGUUAACGCUACGUGUAUGCGGCUCGCCUUUGAACUGCGUCUCAUUUAACCAGGUCGGCGACAUGAUUGCCAUGGGCUCGCAAAAUGGAAGCAUUUACCUGUUCCGUGUCUCGCGCGAUGGGUUCUCCUACAAGAAAGUCAACAAGAUACGCGGCUCCCAGCCACUGACGCAUCUGGAUUGGAGCAUGGACGGGAACUUCGUACAGACAGUGACCAUUGACUUUGAUUUGUUGUUUUGGGAUGCGAAGUCUUUGUCCCCGGAGCGAAGUCCCAUCGCCAUGAAAGAUGUUAAGUGGCUGACCAACAAUUGCACCGUCGGCUUCCUGGUGGCUGGCCAAUGGAGCAAUCGGUACUACGGCAACGCCAACACCAUCAUAGCCACCUGCUGUCGCUCCGCGGCUCACGAUAUGCUCGCAUCGGGCGAUGCGGAGGGAUACCUGCGGCUGUUCAGAUAUCCGUGCAUCUCACCGCGCGCCGAGUUCCACGAGUGCAAGGUUUACUCCGGCAUGCUGGCCUGCGUGCGUUUCCUCUGCGGGGAUCACACACUUAUCACUGUGGGCGGAACAGACGCUUCGCUCAUGGUGUGGGACAUUGUUGAGGAAUAGCUGAAAUGGCCACCGUGGCACUCUACUGCACAACCCGAAUCGCGGUAUCAGGACUACUGGCAUAGACGCAUCUCGGAAGUGUCCUCGACGUUUCUGGACAGCGACUCCGUCGACUAUCAGUAGCGUGAAUUGAGAUUGUGUAGAUUCGCUUGCUUCUUAAAACAAAACAUAACAAUUGGUCAGUAACACAUUGGCUUACUAUAUUAGAUAAAUCGAAUAUUGAAUAACGAGAGUAUAAGAAAACAGUACACAUAUUUACGUUUCCAAGGCAACUUAAACAAAAUUUAUCUCGAAAUAUAUGAUCCGUUGAUAAUUAUGUGAGGCUCUGAUAUGGGCAGCUCAAGUGCACCCAAACUUUGGCUUCCAGUUCAAAAUCUUCCGUCAAUAUGCUUCCCGUCUUUGUCCUCCGUUUACAAAAAUCUUUUAUUGCAUCCUGAGUUGGAACCUAGAAACAGACUUAAAUGCCACUGGUGGAUAAUGUAACAAUACAAUGCGAACGCAUCUAUAUCUAUAUAUAUCUCGAUGUCUAUAACUUCUAUGCAGACUUACGACAUAUCAUCAUUUGACUCUCCUCCCAUUGAUGUCACAUCCUAUUUUAAAGAAACGCUGUAACUGACACUCUACACUCUACACACACAAAUAACGAAAACUAAGUGCACUUAAGCAUGUAUUGAAUGAAAAGAAUUACCCAUAAAAUUAUAUUCGAUAUACAUUGUUAAUGCAAAUUUUUAAUAUAAGCGUUGAAAUAAAUAAACCGU